AUGUCAACAGCGACAACAACUCAGGCAGGAGGCGGGUUCUCCCUCUUCCCCAACACCAACGUCACACCAAGACCACCUUCAAGGCCGUCGAGAGCUGCGACACCUCAAGGUCGACCUUCGACAUCAACAGAACCAUCAUCGUCCCGGGAGGCAGGAAGGCAAUCGCCAAUUGGACGGGUAGUACUACGGGAAGGGAAGCAAAGGUCGGCUUCGAACUCCAACAACCCUUGGCAGUCAGCGCUAGACUCGGCUCGACAGCAGCGGGAACAUCGAGAGCAACCUCAGGAGCAACCGCAGCGACCACCACUAGUUGAGAACAUGUCAUCGGAUCCAAUCGUCGAAACCAGUGUUGCUGCGCCCAUCUCCGAAGCAGACGCGCCUCCACGCUGCGAGACGACACUGUCCGAGGCAGAGACGCUGGUCGGGCAGCAGAGUAGGGGAGCUCAAAGCUCGUUCGCCAACCCACCGAUUGCAUAUACUCCUGAACCUUCGAACACAGCAUCGGUAGCAGCUCCUACCUCCAUUCCCGAACCACCACAGCCACCACAGCCAGCUGCCAUUCGAUCGAUAUUCCCACGAUAUAACCCCGAACUGCCCCUAGAUCGCCAGGACUACUACCCAACCCAGGCCAGUCCUACACAUAUUCCCCAGUCCGCCAUCAGCAGACCCAUGUACUCAGCCCGUGACACCGAUCAGCAAAGUGAAGUUGGCACCAAUGCUGGUAUGAAUGGUCCCAGUCAUCCCAGAAACCGGCCAGUAGCCAACCCGUCGGUGACCUCUGGAUCAGCCAACCAACGGUGGCCUGUAACGCGCAGCCAUGAGCCGCCAGUGAUACCGACGGUGAACACCACCGAGGAACUCCGUGGUCUUUGGAAAGCCGCCAACGGAUGGCGAGCCACCCAGCUCGAAGGCCGGAAAUACUGCCUGAAAAUGGCGUCGGACGCCUACGCGCCCGUCUACACGCUCUCCUCAUCCUCCAACCAGCCCUUCUACUGCCUGCGGGUCGACCCGACCUCUGCGUCCGCCCUGGUCUCGCUCUCGCGCUACGACCCCAACAAGACCUUCAAGGGUGACAAGUCCACCAGCGCGGCGGUGGGAAUCUCCGCCGCCUCGGCCGUGGCCUCUUCUGCUUCUUCCACCUCUUCGGCCUCCUCCUCGCCUAUUCCGAGCGCCCGCGCCUCGUCCAGCACGCCCUCCCCCCGUCCUUCAUCCGUCUUCUCCCGCAACCCAGACGGCUCCGGCGGGGCGUUGGGCGGCGCCAGCAGCAAGAGCACCAAGACCAAGAAACACGACGCGAAGCACUGGCAAGAAGUAAUCUCCACCACCCUCGAAGCUGCCACGCGCAAGCAGCCGCCCAACGACGGGCUAGUCGCACAGCUAUGGCCCCUCACAGCGGCGCGCCUGGUGUCCGACCGGGCCACGACCGACGCGGCGACGGUGGCGGCGGCCGAGAACGAGUGCGGCCGGCUGGUAUGGGACUCGGAUUCGGGCAACCACUACCUGGUGCACGCGGCCCUGGCGAUGCCAUUCUGCAUCACGGUCGAGCGCAACGCGGCUUAUAGCCGCACCGAGUACACGCUCGAGCACAUCGAGUCGCCCAACCACCUGGGCCGGCUGACGCGGGAUGGGACGGGCCAGGGAUGGCUGGAGAUUGAUACGGCGAUUGCGAGCCAUGUCGAGGCAGUGUACCUGAUCGAUGUGGCCAUUGCUGCACUGGUGCUGGUGGCGCAUGCUGAUGAGCAGUUUACGCGCGUGGAGACCUUUGAGCCGCCACCGUCGUUGUUGCGGGGUGCUGGUGGUGGUGCCGGCGUUGGAGGAAGCCAGAGGUCGAGCUUGGCGGAGUCCUUGUCGUCUGUGCUGAGAAGGAAUACCUCGGAUGAGAAGAACGGCAAUAAGGAUGAUAAGAAGAAGAGGAAGAAGAGGGAGAAGGACUUGGUCAAGGGGAUCAAGACCCGGGUCGAGCAGUUCGAGCUCGAUAUCGAGGCACAGGUGAAUGCGGAUAUGAAGGCCAAGAACGAGAAAAUGCCGGGUUGCACGAGGGGGCUUAUUGCCGUCUUGAAGUUUGCUUUUAAGGCUAUUAUCUGGUGCGCGACAUUGGUGUUUAAGGUGUUCAUGUUGCUCAUAAAAGGAUGCGGAAAGGGAACACGCUGAAAUUAAAUCCUAAAUCAGAAAAGGAUGAUAGCAACCCACGCAACUUGGCAAUACCCCAACAAGGACACCUUGAAAGUGGCGGCUGGAGGUCCCAAAGAAAAAUCAUGCUGAUAGAGCUCAUGAAAAGGUGUAUAUUUUUUGUUUCAGGCGUUUUGAUGAUGGGUCGGGUAUUAUUGUGGUUGGUAUUUUGCAUCAUCAUCAUCAACCGCACCAACAGCAGUAGCUAUGGAAGCUACCUAGCUGUCUUUAUAGACGGAUUUGAAUGAAACCCUCAGACGAGACUAUUUGUGUUGAUGUCGUCAAAUCGCUCCUUGGAAAAAAUUGAACCCAGUGAAAAUCGGAA